AUGAAUCCACGUGAGCAUCAACAACCAUCUGCUCCUCCACCGCCUUACUAUUCCAUUGUCAAUGAUAAUCGACAGGAAUAUCGUUCGGACAACUCGUCAAAUCAAAAUUAUGCUCAAUCACAACAAGAGCGCAUACCUAAAUUUGAUGAAUUUAUCAAUCGCUAUGAAAUUAAUCCAAGUUUUGCUGAAAAAUUAUAUGGACUGAGAGGGUGUGAGAUUGUUUUUAUUUGUGAUGAUUCAGGUUCGAUGAGCGCACCAGUCGGAGAAGUUACUAAUCCACGUGAAAAACAAAGAACACGAUGGGAUGAAUUAAAACAAACAGUAUCGAUUGUUGUUGAUUUGGCUAGUGUUCUUGAUCCAGAUGGUGUUGACGUCUAUUUUCUUAAUCGUGAGCCUAUGUUACAUGUGCGCAGCGGGUCCGAAUUAGAAAAUAUCUUUGCUAUGGAGCCAGAAGUACUUAAAGACAAGCGUAAUCAUAUUUAUGAACGCAAGUUGCUCAUUCUCAUAGCAACUGAUGGUAUACCAACAGACGACCGAGAACGUACAGAUAUUCAUACACUUGAACACGUUCUCAAAAAUGAACGUACACCUACUAAUCAAAUUCCAGUUACAAUCAUUGCAUGUACAGAUGAUCAAGAAUGUAUAGGAUAUUUGAAUAAUUGGGAUAAAAAGAUUCCAAACCUUGAUGUUGUCGACGACUAUCGAACGGAAAGAAACGAAGUUCAAGCCUAUCGUGGCAAACAUUUUCCAUUCAGCUUUGGUGAUUACAUAGUUAAAAUUCUAAUGGGAAGUAUAGACAGUUGGUUUGAUAAUUGGGAUGAAAAACAAUAA